GUGUGCGAUCUUGCGCAUGCGCCAGUCGGGGAGGGACUGGAAGGGACGUCUCGGUUCCGCCCCCUCCUAGUUCCUUACGUGAAAGCCAAUGGAAACUCGUGAUUGAAUUGCGUCAUUUGGCCCAGCAACUCCCGGCAGAUUCCGCCGCCCGCUAACCCCUAGGUCUGCCCCUCCGCGUCCUGUAACAGCCCCGGGCGAUAGCUGCGUUGGCUGUUUUGGUGGACGCGGGUGGCAGGCGUCUGGAGCGGCUGGCUCAUCAUGUGGUGCAUGGGCCCAGCCGCGGUGGUAGCCUUUUGUGCCGGACUUUGGGUGUCUAACCCGAGGACGGCGAUGGGCCAGGAGGCCGGGGAACGGCCAGGGGCCGACUGUGAAGUUUGUAAAGAAUUCUUGAACCGAUUCUAUAAUUCCUUGAUAGCCAGAGGAGUCAACUUUUCCCUGGACACCAUAGAAAAGGAAUUGGUCAGCUUUUGCUUGGAUGUCAAAGGAAAAGAAAACCGCUUGUGCUAUUAUCUAGGUGCAACGAAGGACGCAGCCACGAAGAUCCUCAGUGAGGUCGCUCGCCCGAUGAGUGUGCACAUGCCCGUGGCAAAGAUUUGCGAGAAGCUCAAGAAGAUGGACAGCCAGAUCUGUGAAUUGAAAUAUGAAAAGAAAUUGGACCUGGCAUCAGUGGACCUGUCAAAGAUGAGAGUAGCAGAGCUGAAACAGAUAUUGCACAACUGGGGAGAGGAGUGCAGAGCCUGUGCGGAGAAAACCGACUACGUGAAUCUCAUCACUGAAUUGGCACCCAAGUAUGCAGCAGCAGACCCCAAAACAGAGCUCUGACCCUCCAAUGCUGGUGCGCCAUUAAUGAAAGACACAGUGACUCUCCAGGGAAAUGACUUGUUGGUUAAGAGUAACUGGGAGUUGCACUGUAUGUGGUCUCAUUAUUUUUGCUUUAAGAAAAAAAACAACCAAGAAUUGAUUACUUGGAUUUACAAUGAAAACUGCUGAUUAUUAGUGGUGUCUUACAUUUGCAGCGUACCCAAACCUAACAGUGCCUUUCUCAUUAUUUUUGUAAGGAUCACAUAUAUUGUCUUUAUCCAUGUCCUUAAAAUUGAGAAAUGUGAAGUACUGAGAAAUUGACGGAGUAAGUCGAUUCAAAGACGGAAGACAGUGCUCAGAGGCCCCUCUCUGUGCACUAAUUUUUAAUUAAAUAUAUUGGUUUAGGAAAAAAGAGACAAUGUUUUGUCUACGUGACUCCCACCUUCAAUCCAAAACAAUAACAUGGCAUAAUCAAAGGUUUUAAAAAGUAAACUUUGUACUUUCAACUGCAAAUCACUCUAUGUUCUGGCUCUUUUUGGCAUCUGAUAUGGGAGGGCAGGAGGCACUAUUUGAAAUUAGGAUUUUCCCAAAGAAGGAAUACCUAUUUAAAACCUAUUUAUACCUACUUAAAACAGAUCAAGAAUCCACUUAAGGAGACCCUGUGUUUUAGCAAAUUGUAUCAGCGCUCACACUGUUGACUGAACUAAGCUCAAGGUGUUCUGUAUUCCUUGCUACCACACAUUAGACAAGCGUUUUUUGAAGAUUAAGACAUGGUAAGAGCACCUGCAGGCAAGAAAAAGCUCUACGGUUCUUAAUGCUAUUUUAUCUGCCUUAAAUUGUAGAAUCGUUCUUGGCUCCAUUUUCUGGCCACAUCAGGGUGAGAACCCCCACCCCCACAAGUGGCUGCCUCUGGUGAGGAGGCAGAGUUGGGAAAGGCUUGCAGAGCAGCUCAAGGGGACUUUCUAGGGGGAUAGGAAUGCCUUGUACCUUGAUUGGGGUGGUGGUUACAGGGUUGGAUAGGAUUGUGAAACUCAUCAGCAGUACAGUUAAGAUCCAGUAAUUUUUUAAAUAUACAUUUUAUUUAAAAUACUGCUAUAGAAAAAUUAUUUGGAAAUUAACUGAACUUCAUUGAUUCAAAACAUCUUGUUCAUGUAGAGAGUUACAUUUGCUGAUUGGGAGUCCUUUUGGGGAGUGGAGGAGAAAAUUUCCAGAUUGAAUGUAUACACUGAAAGUACAAUUUUCCCAUUUAAACACUAUGGAGGUAAAUUAAUUUUUAGUUAGGCAGUUGAGAUGUUACUGAACUUAUCAGAGAAUUGGUGGUUAGUAACAUAAAAAUGAGAAUAAAAAAGCUUUGGCAUAAUAAAUGACCGAAAGGGUUAUUGUUUCUGGAUUUGAGAAGCUUGAUCAUUGUGUGUAAAGCACUCUAGUUUAUUACAAAUUAUAUCUUUAGAAGUCUAUAUUUAGUUUAAUUGUUUUUAUUAUUUUUUUAUAACCUUUGUGUUUGUUUUCUUUUAGUGCAUUUUGAACCUGUUGAGGAACUUAACAUUUGAACAUAGUAUGUUUGAUGUCUGACCUCAAAAUCAGGUCAUAUUUUCUCAGUGUUGUUGUUGUUUUUCCUCAGGAUAGAAAUCUAGGUCAUAAGAGCACUGCCCAGCAGUUCAUUCAAAUCCAUGAUGUUUGGUUUGGAUUUUCAUAGAGCUUUCACUCUGUUACUGCCACUGAAACUUUUUAAAAAAUAAUUUUUAUUAACAUACAAUGUAUUAUUUGCCCCGGGGUACAGGUCUGAGAAUCAUCAGGCUUACACACUUCAUAGCACUCACCAUAGCACAUACCCUUCCCCAUGUCCAUAACCCAACCAUCUUCUCCUUCCCCCUCUCACCCCCCAGCAACCCUCAGUUUGUUUCGUGAGAUUAAGAGUCUCUUGUGGUUUGUGUCCCUCCCGAUCCCAUCUUGUUUCAUUUUUUCCUUCGCCACUGAAACUUUUUAAACCAUACCCACAGGUCACCCAUGAAUCUUGUUAAAGUUUGGCUUUUGAUUCAGGAGGCCUGGGUGGGGCCUGAGACUGCUUUUCUAGCAAGCCCCUGAGUGAGGCCCGUGCGGCUCUUGCAGGUUCCACACCUGGAGUGGCAAGGGAGGGCCUUAGAGUCCUGGAUCCCGCAGUUGAUUUAUUUUCUCCAAUUGUCCGUCUCAGGUUUUUGAUAGAGCUGAAUGUAACCGUAACAAAAACAAUAAAAACAAACAACAAUAAACACAGACGAGUUGCUUCUGUCAUGUAAAAGAAGUCCAGAGAGAGCCAGUCCAGAAUAAAUACAGCAGCUCCACAAAGUUAUUAGGAACUGAGUUCUCAUCUUUUUGCUUUAUUUACAUCAGGGACUUGCUCCAUUCUUAUCUCAUGGUCCAAGUUGACUCUGGAGCUCCUUAUUGCAGAAGGAACAAGGCAUGGAAAACAGAGCCCACCGCUUUAGGGCAGCAUUUCCCCUUUCUCUUCUAUUUACCCUUCCCCCACACUCUGCUUACAGAUUAUCGAUUAGAACUUAAUCCCAUGCCAAACCUAGCUGUAAGGGAGUUUGGGAAAGAACAUCUUUUUGUUGAGUUCAUUGCUGCCGUUAUAAAACCGGGAUUAUUUAUAUAUGUUUUUUACUGGGGAAGAAUGGAGAAAUAGUUUGUGGCCACAAGUCAUAUCUGCCACACAAUGAAUCUUAUUCCCAUGAAUCUUAGUUAUAAUUCCUGGUUAUUUUACCCUAAAUAACUCUUCUU